CGAUAUCUUUUGAAUCAAAGUCGUUGCCGGUGAGAGUGCGUCAGCGACUCCUUUUCAGAAAGCGACCGUGCCGAUCUCAAAGAAUCCUGCAGCUUUGCAGCUUCGUCGCCUCUGGACAACGAACCAACGACUUCUUCGACAAACCACCUCAGGUUCAAGAAGUUGAGUCAAUGAGCUCAUUCUUGACACCGGUCGAGUAAGUAGUAUUCAAGGAAGGACAGAUCAUCUGUAGUUUUUUCUCUUUCUACAAAGUUCUCCGUAUCUCACAACUACCAACCACCACCUACCAACCACCAACUACUGCUUGUAAUGCAGUUUUUCACGGCAUUUGUGUUGUGCGUGUCUGUAUUGCUCUUGCACAUCGAAGUAGCAGCAGUAGCAGCUACAGGUACCCAAGUCAUCGAGAUCGCUUUAACGGAUACAUUAGGCGGCGAGGUUGGAUGGGCGUACUAUGCCAAUAUCUCGGUCGGUACUCCCGGCCAAGUUCAGUCAGCUCUAGUCGAUACCGGCAGUAGCGACACAAUCUUCCCCGACUCGACUGCUACUGCUUGUAGGACUAAGGGCGGUUGCGCUACUACUUUUGUCAUCGAAGAGUCCCCCGAUUAUAAGGUAGUCAUUCCUGGUGGGCUUUCGGUUGGAUACACAGACCACUCUAAGAUGGAAGGUGACUAUUCUCUAGACAGGGUACACAUAGGCGAUAUCUCGAUCACAAACGCUCGAAUUGGGGUUGCAAAGGUGGUGGAGGAUCCCACUGGUAUAAAAACUGCAAUCCUGGGCCUCGGCUACCCUAGUAACGAAGGUCAAAACACAUCUGAUCAACCGUACUGCUCGACCCUUCUCCAAGCGCUCGUCGAAUCUGGAGAAAUUGAGUCGCGUUUGUAUGGUAUUUAUCUUAGCCAGCGGGAUCACGUCCAGGAUGGCUCAAUCACUUUUGGUGGCAUCGAUACCGAAAAGUUCAAGGGUCCGUUGACCACUCUCAACUGCCCGCGCGAUAAUGGGAUCACUACGAAGCUGGAGUUGAAACUCGACAAUGUCAAGGCAUACCUCCAAGACGGGAGCAGCCAGGAGCUCAUACGCUCUGCUAGUGACGAAUCACAUUCUGUCGAUAUGGAUGCCGGAGCUUCUGCCUGGCGUGUAUCAGAACCCGUGUACAGGAAAAUUCUCAUGCUAGCGGGAGGAAACGAUCAGAGACCUUGCAAGGAAGUGGUCCGUGGUGCAACCUACUUCCAGCUUACCUUUUCUGGUUAUGGUUCUACAAACACUGCUACCUUGAAUGUCGACAUGGCCGACCUGUUCAGCCCAUACGCAGGUACUUGUCAACUAGCAGUGACCGUUGAUAGCUCCGGUGAGACCCUAGGCGUAGGACACCAUGUGAUGAGAGCAGGCUACUGGGUGUUCGAUCUCGAUAAUGGCCAGAUAUCCGUGGCGCAGGCGAACCUAGAAGCGAGCUCUUCCAACGUAGUUAAAGUCCAGAAAGGAGCAGGCGGUCUAAGCAAGGCGAUCGGUCGCAAGACGGAGGUUUAGGAACGCUCGACUAUUUGAUCAUGAUAUAUCUUCCGAAGCC